AUGGCUUUCUAUGAUGAAGAGAUCGGAUUUACGCAUAGACUUUUGACAGCAAAUAAAUCAGAUAAUCUAUACUCACCAAAAAUAAUUGAUCAUGAUGAUAAUUAUAUUGGACAAAUACCAGAAGAUAAUUUAAUGUUUUGGAAAAAUUCUUAUGAUUGGUCAGCAAAAGAUUAUAAUUUAGCAAAAGUAAAAGAAUACGGUGUUGCAUAUAAAAAUGGCAUAGUAAUACAAUAUGAUGUCCAGAGUGAAUGUAAAAAAUAUCGAAUCCAUUAUAAUUUUGAAAAUAAUUAUAAAGAUAAUUUUGAUACUCCAGUUACAGAACUUAAUGGAGAAGAUAAUCCGCAACCUAACCAGACUUAUUAUGAAUCGACUAAUAAAAAUUGUAACUUUAAAUGGAGUAUGAUAUUGAAAAGUAAAUCUUCUAAUGUUGAUCUAACAAGUGAUUUUGACAACUCCAAACAAAUAGUGACCUGUGGGGCUAAAGAAUAUAAGAUUGAAAUUAUAAAAGAUAAUAAAUAUUAUUUAGUUAAACGUGGUAACAAUGAUUAUUUACCAUAA